GCGACGAAAAGAACCCGAGUAUUGGAUUACAAUUGAAGUUAAAGAUUUUUCAUCGACGUUUCUUCUCAGAUUUCAAGUAAGGGAUCAUCCGAAGGCCGCCCAUGUCGCCGCAAACGACUGUUGUAUUUUUCCUUGGCGUUUUGGUAGCGUUUUGCCUCGGCCUGGAGUUCGAGGAACGCGGAUUUGAUUUUGUCCAAAAGGAGUAUGCACGUGCUAUCACGGAAUACCAUGCUGUCAAUAAAACUGUGAUGCACAUCAGAGCUGUGGGAUGUGAAGGGCCUGUGAAGUAUACCAUAGCUCAGCCGGAUACACCUUUCAAGAUCGAUGAAAAAGGACAUGUUUGGCUUGUGAAGAGACUUAACUAUGACAAAGCAAGUUCCUAUCUGUUGAAUGUGACAGCAGAAGCUGGAGAUGGGAAAUGCAUUGCCUACACCAAAAUCCACUUUGAAAUUUUGAACAUGAACAAGCAUGCACCACAGUUCGAAUUUGAGAAGUACAGUUGUGAUAUUAUUGAGAAUACGCGAGAAAUGAGGUUUAAUCCACCCAUGAGGGUUCUGGACAGCGACAGUGGAAAAGCAGGAAAGAUAAGCAGUGUGAAAAUUGUGGAGUCUGGUCUUCCGUUUGUGUUCACUGUUGAUGAGAAAGGAAACGUCCAGGGGAGGGCUACUAAAAACAUGGAUGCAGAAGAUAUCACAGACUACUUCUUUGAUAUCAUUGCCUGGGAUAGUGGAGAGCCUUCAAAAUCUUCCUUCCCUAUCAGCUUAGAGUGCGAAGUUGAUGAUGUGAAUGAGUUUGGACCGCAUUUUACGCCAGACACUUACCAGGCUAAGAUUGCUCGUGGAAAGACAUACUCUAACAUCACUCAGGUCUUUGCUGAAGAUAAAGACAUUGGUAUUGUCAGUGGCAGAGUUUGCAAGUAUGUUAUUGAAGGCUUCAAUCUUCCAUUCAAAGUCAAUGAUGAUGGUGUUAUCAGCAUUGAUCAGCCUCUGGGACGUGAUGCCUAUGAUUUAUAUGAGUUUCAAGUGGAUGCUAUUGACUGUGGUGGACAAAUGUCAAAGAGCAGUGCAAAAGUAGCAAUCUCUGUAGAAACAGUACAACCACCUUGUGCUGAAGAGUUUGUUGGACCAGCUAAACACAAGUUCACCUUACAGCAAUGCACUGGAAAAGUUUAUGUCACCCCUGACAUCACCUUGAACAAGUGCGCCAGAAAGCAAGAAAAGGGCAAAUUCUCUGCGAAUGUCAGUCUGGUAACCGAAGCAGGCAUGGGCUGUGACAGAGAAACAUUUGAAGGAUCAGAUAUGUUUACCCUUUGUGGGGCAAGCAACUUUAUUGAUCUGCUCCCCAAACCAGGAGUUGGCAGGGAAUGGACAGAGAACAUUGCAAAGAAGAAUGAAAAAGAUGCACUUGGCUUUUCAUUCAAUGGGAAGACAUAUGUGGACAUCCCUGAUGAAGUCUUGCCAGAUGACAUUGGUGACAAGUUUACCAUCAGCACAUGGAUCAAGGUGGCCAAAUCCAAAGGUCGCCAAACUAUUGUUGCCAACACUGAUAAGGAACGCCUCGACCGUGUACAUUUCUCUCUGUCUAUAUAUGGGAGCAAGCUGAUUUUUUUGCACAAACGUGAGGCCAUACACGCUAACCGCGAUGUCUACUGCAAUGCAGAAUUUCAGUACAAACCAGCCAUUUUUGAUGACAAAUGGCAUCAUAUUUUGGUGAUUGCUGACGGCUGUGCUACCAAGAUGUAUGUUGAUGGAGAGCACUACGCAGCAGUGAUAACUGAAGCAGACCGAACCCUCCACAACUCAAACCUGAAAAAUAAGGUGACUGUUGGUGCCCGCUAUUUGGCAAAGGAGGGAGUUUACACUGAUAGGCUCACAGGAUAUUUGUCUGGACUUACAAUCAGGCCCAAUAGCACUCUUAAUGAACAGGUUCUGGGCUGUGUGAUUGGCUGUAAAGAACAUGUGAAUGUUGAUGGCCCUCUUCCUCCUAAAUUCUUGGCCAAAAUCAUUGAUUUUGGAAGUAUCGCAAUCACUGGGGAAGGAUCACCUAGUGACUUCAUCAAGGCCUUGCAAAGUCUUGUGUACAUUAAUGAGCGCAUGGUGCCAACACCAGGAAAACGCUCCGUGAUCAUUGAGGCCAAGAUUAAUGAGAAACCAUUGGCAACCAUCACUGUGGACAUUAAUGUUGCAGGAAAUACACGUCCUGUGAUAAUUGUUGAAGGUUUGGACGCAGACAUUGGGCUGAACUGGGCGAAGAGAAAGGUUGUAAAACAGAAAGGUUUGCGUGUGUUUGAUUCCCUGGAAAUCGAUUAUGAUGCUUGUCCAAGAGAUGAUGAGUUCUCUCCAAUCGACAAGGUGCGCUUUUUGGAUGAAGCAGUGGUGAAAGUUAAGCCGGCCUUCAAGAAAGGAGAAAGUUUUAAUUUUCCCACAGGAAUUAAAGGACUGAAGGAGAAAGGACUGACUGUGAGUUUCAACAACGAGGAGCUUGUCAUUCGAGGAAUUGCACACUUUUCAGAAUACGAAGAUGUCCUUCGACAGAUGGUGUAUGUGAACUUGGAUCCAGAUGACCUGAUGCACCUAGAGAUAACUGUGACUUUGUCAACCCUGAAGGGCAAAUGUAAAAGUGAUUCAGAACGACUUAACAUCAACACCAUUCACUCUAACAGAGGAUUCAAAGACUACAACAUCAAGUUUGCCGAGAACAACCAGAAGGAAGAGAUGAUGCCUGGUAUUGUUUCUGUGGAAGCUGCCAUGGGCAAGGAGUCAUCAAGUGGUCUGUCCAGUGGGGUCAUGGCUGCGAUUAUCGUUUGCAGUCUGGCUGUUUUUGCCUUCCUUCUUGUGCUUGGCAUCUUCAAGUACAGACAGAGGCCAGAGACUGUGAAAGUCGUACCGCCUGGUGAUGACAAAGAGGAGAUGUACUGGGAUGACACUGGUCUGAGUGGUGUGCGUAUUACUCUGAAUCCCAUGCAAAAAUUCCAGGAGCUAGACCUGAAUGAAGAUGGCAAUAACACGGAGAAGUCUGAUACUGAAGAUGAGGAAGGCACAGCAACAAAAGGCCUGUUGGAGUGGGACAACUCUGAUAUGUAAUCACCUGUGGUGACCUUGUGAAACAAAGUUUUUGUUUAAGGGUGGAAGUUUAGUAUCAUGGUUUGUAAUUGGUUAGAAGCUUCAGGUUUUUUUUCCUUCAAUUUUUUUAAUUUGAUUCAAGGGAGAGAUUUAAAAACAGUUAGAAGUUGAAACUCAAUCCAUUUUCCUUCAGGAAAGUUGGAGUAAUUUUGCCUUGAUUAACUGGUUGGUAAUGAUCUACCAGCAUCUCAGUAGAUUUCUGUCUGUGAACUUGAAGCCGUGCUACUGAUUGUUUGAAGUUUGUUGGGUUUUUUUUUCAGUGUUUUCUUUGCAUUCUUUUCAUUGAUGUGGCAUUAGUUUUAAGGUAUUUUGUAGAUUUUUUAAAAAAAUACUAUUUCUUAAACUUUGUUUACCUUUCACACUUGUUCAAGGUGUGUAAAAAUGAUAUAUAACCUUGUUGAGAUAAAAACAGAAUUUGUGAUUCCUUUCUUUCCCCGUUUUCUUUUUCAUUAUUAAGUAAGUAACCUUAUAGUAACAAAAAAGAAAACUUCAGUAAAAAUAUCAAGGAAAAUUUACUAGAUAAGAAACCUAUGUGCAGUGCAUACCUGUUUUGUUUAACAAAGUUGAGGUUUGUAUGGGGCAUGGAAACCUGGAAUGUUGUGAAUUUCUUAAAAUUGUUUUUUAGGCCUGGAAACUCAUGGAAUUUAAGUAUGGGUCGUGGAAAGUCAUGGAAAUUAUUGAAUGUGAUAAUUUUGAGAAUGACUCUCGUAAAAAACCUCAUUAUAUGAUUACAUUUACUUGAUUUUGGAAGCACUUUAUUUUUUUAGGUUAUGGGUAACAUCUGUCAUGGAAAAUCAGGACUUGUUUUAUUGACAACUCAUGUAAUUUUCCUUUCUGCUACUUAAUAGUCAUCUCAAGUUAUUCAACAAGGAUUUUUUUGUAAUGUGAAUUUGAUUUUGUUAGAGAAAAUGUGAGUUUCUGAAAAGUUUGAGAAAAAAUAGUGGUAAAGGGUAUCAUGAUUUGAGAUUUCCAUGCCUGUGUAAAAUUGAUUUCUGGGAUUAUUUUUGUGAUUUUUCAUUUUGUAAUUGUUAUUAUUUGUAAUGAAUUAAGUGAGAACUGAAGUCAUGUUAUCUUGUGUUAGCUUAGGGAAAGCUCAAACUUUUUUUACCACUGAAGAUAGAGUUCAACUUUUUUUUUGUAUAAAUUUAAUAAUAUGACAUUAAAAUAUGCUAGUAAUGCCUUGAGUGUACAUAAAAAUAAUGGUGCAUUAGUUGUGCUUUGUGAGUUACUCAUCAUACUCUGAAAAUUAGUUUGGGUGAAUUGUUGGUAGAAAAAAUGCAACAUCAGGAAAAAUUAAAAAAAAAAAAAAAAGUAUGUAAGGUUGAAUAGAGGUUGUGAUCACGAUGGUAUUGUAACUGUCGUAAUAGCUUAAGAUCUUUGAUUUCUUUAACUCCCAAAAGUGAUUAACAUGUUAGUUCUCCUUGGAAUUCCAACAAGUUAUCUUUGAAGAAGGUUAUGAGAACAGACCAGCUUGUCAGCUUAAGGGAGAGUUUUUUGAAAUAAGACCAAAUUCUGCUGUCUUAUUUAAAAGGAAAAGUAUGGCAGUCGGCAGGGAUAACUAAUAAUUUGAUCAUGGGAGUUAAAGAGGUUAAAGGCUAUAUAUUGACUUGUGUAGGAUUCGCAAAAUGGGAAGUGUUGAUCGAUUUUUCGUCCGAUGGAACAAAAAUUGUAGAAUAUAUGUAGAGGCUGAUGGUUAGUGGAAGUCAGUAGAGUUUGGUAAGACCUCAAAGCAAUUUUUGUUCUAAUAAUACAAAUAUAAUAAAAGCGUUAACCCCCUAUGUAAGGAAACAUCAUAACCAUUAAACUGCUGCUAUUAUACAAUGUAAAA